GAGUACAUGGGGACAGGUCCAUUGCUUCGUCAUUGCAGUUCCGAGAAAACCGAAUCGGGUUCGCCUCUGAAUCGAAGGAAGGGAUGCGGAUUUCUGGAUGAAAAUUUCACAUUCUCUCGUCUGUCACUGGAAUUCACUCAAAUGGUGAGCAAAACUCCACUCCUCGAUCCACUUCUCUUUUUCUAUCUCUCUGUAUCUGCUACACCAUUCCUCGCAGGCCUAGCGGUAGCUGCUGCGGCUCUUGCUGGUAGAUAUGGAAUUCGAGCUUGGCAAGCAUUCAAGACACGGCCACCACAAGCCAGAUCACGCAAAUUCUAUGAAGGUGGUUUCAAUCCUACAAUGACAAAGAGGGAAGCAGCUCUUAUUCUUGGUGUUAGAGAAAAUACACCUCCAGAAAAGAUUAAGGAAGCACAUAGAAGGGUAAUGAUAGCAAACCAUCCCGAUGCCGGUGGCAGCCAUUAUCUUGCUUCCAAGAUCAAUGAAGCCAAGGAUGUCCUGCUCGGAAAAUCUGAAGGCAGCCCAUCUGCAUUUUAAUGAGGUAUGCUGCUUGAAAUCCUUAUCAAACAUGAACACUAUUAUAGUUAGACUUGAAGCUUACUUUCAUAACAUCCUCCAUGACUGGUUUUCUGGAUGCGUUUACUUUAGACAUUUAUGAUUAUUCUGUUUCCAGUCUCUUCAGUAACAUUGAAUUUGUACAGCAACCUUUGUCAAAGUAUUAUCUGUUUUCUCCUCUGAACAUGGAUUAUUCAUUGGUUGAUUGUUUCAGUCAUUGGAUUCUCAGAAAUUUAUUCGGAGAUUACUAUG